AUGCAACUUCCAACUCUUCCUAUCAAAGAAGCAUUUCGGCGUGUGCCAAACUUUUCAAAAAAUAUGCCGUCUUGUCUUACUUCUGCCAUAUAUGAAUCUGGUCCAAAAAAUGGAUUGGCAAAGGAGGAAGUAGCUGCAAUAAAAGCAUAUACUGCUCAAUGUGAUGUUUAUAAACUUCUCAAUCAAGCACUUCGUAGUGAACAACUCAAGAAUAUACAACCUUGGUUUUCUUAUUUGAAACUUUUUCAUAUCGCUAUCAGCAAAUUGAAACCAAAGAAAGGAUAUUAUUGUCGUGGAGAAAAUAUCGAUCAAAGUAGCAAAUAUCAAGUCGGUUCUAUUGUUACUUGGGUACGUAAAAUAAUUGAAAAUCUAUGUUUCAAUGAAUAA